UUGGCAAGAUCCUUUAAUUUUUCAUCUACCCAUUUUUUGUUUCAUCACUAUUUAUUAAGAAUAUAUAUUGCUUUUUGCAAAACACACUUCAUAUUCAAGACAGUUUUAUUUGCUCAAUUGGUUGAAAGUAAUGGAGAGACAUAGUACAAAAAAUAUGAGUCAUGAAGACAAAGAAAUUGGAGAAGUUAAGGUGGCAAAAUCAGCACGAGAAGGAAAUUGUGAUUUGCUUUUAAGGCUUUGUGCCUUGGUUCUAACACUUGUGGCUACUGUGGUAAUUGGUGUAGAUAAACAAACAACAAUUGUUCCAAUUAAGUUUGCAGAAUCUUUGCCACCUUUGGAAGUUCCUGUUACUGCUAAGUGGAAUUACAUGUCUGCCUAUGUGGUUCCCCUAAAUUUGAACGCAUUUAUAUUCAGCGUCAGCGGUCAGUUCAACCCAACCAUACAUUUUGGCAUUUGGUUUUUUGUGGUAGCAAAUGGUAUAGCAUGUGGAUAUGCAACCUCAUCUCUUCUUAUUACUCUUGCAAUGGGACAUAAAAGCAAAUAUUUGGUGACAUUGGUGAGUAUGCUUGACAUAUUAAUGGUGGCUUUGCUCUUCUCUAGCAAUGGGGCUGCACUUGGUGUUGGUGUCAUUGCCAAGCUAGGAAACUCACAUGUGCGAUGGAACAAAGUGUGUAAUGUCUUUGACAAAUUUUGUGAUCAACUUGCUGCUUCAUGUUUGAUUUCACUUCUUGGUUCAAUUACAUUCCUAUUGCUUGUGAUGCUGAGACUUCACUCAAGAAGAACAUAAGAUGAUUAAUUCAGAGGCCUUAUUUAAUCAUAAAUAAAUUUUAUGUGAUCGAUUAUAAUUUGUAGCCUACAACUUUGUUAUUAUAUCACACAUGUAAGAUUUGUAAAAGAUUCCUCAACAUAAUUUAUGUUUGCUAUGUCCAUUUAAAUGAAUUUUAUCAUAGUAAUUUUUCUACAAA